UGCGAUGAGCGUUUCUAGUUCCUGACCAUAGAAUUGCGACGGUCUUGUAUUGAGUCUAUGGUUAAAGGCCAAACACCAUACUAGAAACUAGUAGAUCGUAGACAACCGGCCUCAAAUGAUUUGACUUAGAGGAUUUACGCUACGAUCAAAUUUCUAAGUUUCUUAGUGAGUUACGAUUUCAUUUGUAAAAAAUCUGAAAAAACUUAUUAAAACCUGGGAUUUAGGAAUGAGUAAGCAAUAUUGUUAUCAAGGCCGAACAGGCAUUCUUAAACAAAGUUUAUGUGGUGUGCGCUGGUAACAUAUUUCGAACAGCUCUUUCGCGACGUUGUCAACAUGCAUGAGUAAAUUGCUGCGCGACAACUAGCGACUAUUACAUGUUUUGUCCGAACAAAAUUAGCCCAUUAACGAAAUACCUUUCUGAUACUGGUCUUUCCUAAAUCAACCCUAGAUUGAAUGCAAUUGGAGGUUUCUAUUUGACAAUUUGCGGCCACACGUUUCUUCAUUAUACCAUUUCAGUUCUUUAAAUUAUCAAAACAUCAAUAAUUAAGUACCUUGUUAACACACCUAACAGGCCAGUUUCAAGCUAUUAAAAUGCAAUUGUUAAAAUUUUAAUAUUUUUUUAAUUAUUAAAAUCACAUUAUGAUUCAGGGAUGAAUGAUUUUAAAUUUCUUUUGUUUUUUUCCUCAUCAGCCUUGGAGCUCAGUAUGAAUUUUGAUAAUUCGAAACUAGCUAGGUAGCUGCCCCACGUACUCUUAUUGCAUAUAUUAAUACCUAUUGAGUCUAACCAACCGAAAUACGAACUCUCUCCUCCGCAGAGGCUCCCGCUAGGUUUGCCAAUAAAAAUAGCAAUAAUCGAAAAAUUGGAAACUCUUGCCCUAACCUAAACUCUAACCCUUAGCCUUAGCCUCUCUUCUCUCUUUCCCCUUCCCAUCGUGCCCCCCUUCUUUUUUUCUUUCUCCCCAACCUCCCUGCAACCCAAAAGAGGCCUCUGCGGAGGAGAGAGAAAUGCGAAGAUUUUAAAAUGUGGUCGCCUACGGUCAGGAUAUUCCUAAUUAUUCCGCAAUUCUGUUUUAAACCUGAUUUCAAGGUUCCAUAAAAUUUAUGUGACAACAACUUAUUAUUUAGUUACAGCACAAAUACUGGAACCAUAUCUUGAAUAAGUUCUAAUUUGUCUUUUGUAUUAUUCAAUUGUUCUCUACUCAGGUAUGGAUAAAAGGCAAUGGGCUCGUUUGUUCCCAUUCUUAAGUAAGUCAUGAGCAAUCGAAGGUAAAAUGAUGAUGGUUCAGGGACAUCCAACGACGGUUUCCUCCUAAAUACAUUUAAAACACCUUUUAGGCUGUCCAGAGUUCUUCUAGAACUCUAUAGGAAUGCAUUCUGAGAGACGCUAUAAAAUUUGUAUCUGAGCGGUCAUCCGAGGGAAUUUGAGACUUUUCGAAAUUACAAGGGCUCAAGGGUUCAGUUUCCGGAAAAUUUUAGAUGCAGUUUAAAGUUUUACGAAAUUUAGAUUUUUACUGGUUCCUCUCUCCAUUACAUUUUCGAAUCCGAAAUUUUAGGUUUCCUCUUUCUACGAAAAAUAACUUAACCUGGGGAGUGAAAUGCGAAAAAUUAAUUUCAGAAAAUCGUAGGGGAUUUAUUAGGUAAACUUCGAAAUAUGUACAUUAACAGUCAUCUAGAAAUUUUUAGUCGUCUUCAAGCUAUAGAAAAGUCCAGACAGUUUUUGCUUUUCCAAACAGAUACACAGAAAACAGUCGUUGGGUGCCCAACGACAAGACAAGACAAGAAAGACAAGACUAAAGAGAAUUGACGACAACGCGGUUACCGAAAGCUAGUACCUUAGUAAUCUUCUUUCUUUUAUAAGGUCCAAUAACUGUUGUAAAGAUAAUAAAUUAAAAAUCUGUUUCAAUUUUUUUAUUGUAUAUUCCGACUAGCAUAGACAGGUUUUGUUCAUGUUUAGCUGACUUCACUCUUACGGACAACAGUGUUUGUGUACAGUCAACUACCCUCUAGACGGACACCUACCUACAAACAGUAUCAAAAAUUACGUCUCUUGUCUUUGAUAACAGCUACCUUCGUGUUGAUGACAUCUGCCUCAGUGUUAUCAUCAGAUCAUAAAAACAGCAAGUCAAGUGGUGUUUUGGGUGUAGCAGUGAGUUCAAAUGUGGCAGGCCACAAAACAGCCGCAGUACCUUCACCGUCUUCUCUGUCGAUGUCAUCCUCAAAAGUUUUUCAUUCAAGUGCCUUGGCCAUAAGUAGUUCGUCAUUUGCGGUACUGAGCGCUAAAAUGGCAAAAAAGCUAAGUACACCCGCAUUGCCGUUGGCGUUGUCUAAGCUGGUGACAUCUACAGCUGUUGCGUCAACAUCAGACGUUCCUUCAAGCGCUCUAUCCAGAAGUGACUCACCAUCUGCAAUGAGUGCGAGUCUGAUUACAGAACAAGGUACGUCCGAUUCGCCCUCAGUGUGUAUUACUUGCUAGUGUCAUUGUUUUAUUUUUCUCCAAGCAGCUUACCACGAGGCCAUUUGGCAUUUGUCGUAGUGAGCACUAGUCUGUUUAUAGAUAAAAUAAAAGCACCUUCAGGGUCUUUUAUGCUGCUUGCAUCUUCAACAAUGGUGUCACCGACAACAAUCAUGUACGUUAUUUUCAGAAUCUCAUCGUGAUAAAACGAACAUUAUAUUACUAUAACUGUCGAACCUCUAUGUGCGACCGCCUCUCGUAAGUGACCAUCUCCACCUCCUCUUGAGUAAUCACGUAUAAAAACCACCAAAUUUUGCCCAGUUAAAGCCCUAUAAAUAGAAAGUCUUGUAAACGUCCACCUCUCAUAAGCGACCGCUCUAAGGGUGACAGAAGGGAAUCAGGUGUCCGACUGUCCGCCCUUUGGUAAGAGGAGUAUGUUAUAUUUUCCUGGCAGGAAAUCGUGCGAUGCAUUUGUGCAACCCGCGUUUUUUCUUUUCGGCAAAUCGCGCAAGAAAUGGUGUGACCCAGUGUCGUCGCGUUCUAAAACGUGUUUUGUUACGGCACAAACAAUAGCGGAUUAAAUUCAACGUAUUUGCUUAUAAGUAAAGAGCGACAGGAAAGGCAAAGAAGAGAAAGGCCAAAAGCGAGAAUUAACAGUCGAAGAGCUAGCGAAGAGGAUCGCCGAAGAGAAGUGUCUAUGCUGCAUCUGGAGACUUGUUAACCGAUAGCUGAAGGCGACAGAAUUUUUUAUCAUCUUAUUAUGUUUUAACUGUCUUUUUGCACCGGAUCUACUCAGAUACAGCUGCUAUCAAGAGUCGUUUGCUAUUUUUGGCUGGCGUGUUUACUGGGUUUUUGAUUGAGAAAUGCGCUGCUUGAUAAAAAGUAAGCUUUCAAAAAUAAGUUUCCCGUAGUACUUUGCCUUGCUGGAUGCUUGAGAGGGUCGAAAAAUCUUCAGCGAUUCUGGCCUUACUGGAUGGCCAUCACGAGCUGCAUCUCGACCGGUAAGCUUGAGUAAUUACAGUAUUGCAUUUGAUGUUUUUUUUUUUUUUCUGGUUUCAUGUUCAUGAAGUCGAUCAUAGUUUAUGACGUCACUUUACGCACAUUAAUUUUUUACUGAGAUCUGACCUAGUAUAGAAUUUAAAAAGCCUUUAGACAUUUUCUGGCCGCAACUAGAAAGAGGCCGUUCUGAAGAAUAUUUAGAUUAUUUCGACCUAUAGUUUGAAGCUUUGAGAGUUAUUCUCGCCUCGAGGUCAUCUUGAAAAAAAGCAACUGAAACACGGCGAAAAUCUGCAAGGUUUGAUUGAUGACUCACGAUUUUCAGAGACACUCCACUGUCAACACAUAUCUUCGUGAAUAAACUUUGUUGUCCUUUUAAUUGUUUCACUGAAUUAUAUUAUUUUCAAUUAUUUUCUUGUCGUGAUUGUUUGUCAAGAUCUCUUUCUUAUCGCUUUUCCGGUUGUUUUCAGUCGUCCAUGACCAUCGCAUGUAGGAGAACUCAAACUGCCUUGUGUAUCAAAUAAAUGUAAAGUUUAGAAGUAAAAUGCACACGACAAUGAUUUUGAGACCUCUUCCUACUAUUGUUCAUUCAAAAACACAACAGCUCGCUCUGUAAGGUUGGACUUAGCUUGGCAAAAUUCACAAGUGGCUAUGCGGACGGGUGAUUUUGGAAAUUAUAUUAAAAAUAGAUGUUUUCGAAUUUUUUUGUUCAAAGCCGAUUAUUUAAUACCCUGAAUAAUUGUAUAACAGCAGAAUGACCUGACUGAACAGUCCCGUCUACUGGUGAAUUCUCUCUAUACUCGUAACGUUUUAUGUUGUUGUCAUUUUUGUAAUUUGUUGUGGAAGGGAAGCGCGUGCUUCGAUCGGCCUGAAUAGAGAGAAGUGUAAAGUCGCGUUACCAUGGUAGUACUAUUUCUGGAUGAAAACAAAACCAACGACGACGGCGACGGCAAGGAGAUCGGCAAAAAAUAAUAGCGGAGCUCUCGCGCGCGAAGCGCAUGCAGCGGAGCACCAUGGGUAAGAAAAGUUGGUAAACCAUCCAUCCGAGAAAAUUUGGUUAUGACGUAGCGUACGAACGCCGACCGUCCGUACCACCACCACCACAUGUAAGCCAAUGUCAAGUGUCACAUUAGAUCUUGCUCAAAUAUUGACACUAACCCGUCAGUUAUGUAAACCAUCCGUAUGAGGAUGAAUUGACAGCUGUCAAAAGCAGACAUUCGCUGAAAAUUAUCACAUGACCAUCUCGCGGGCUCAGGUGAAAGACUAGCCCUUUUGUCCCUACAUAUGAGCUGAUAUAAUAUAAAACACUUACCAAAAUAUUAAUGAAACUACACUUUCCCAGGGCAGGGCUGUCAGUAGUUUAAAGUCAUAUGCGCAAGCCAAAUUAAAGUUAAUUGACAGCUGUCAAAAUGGGACAUGUGCAGACCACUAUCAGAAAACUAAUAACGUGGGCUCAGGUACACGAUCUGUCAUUUCGCCACUACAAGCAGGACUGAAAUGUCCUACUCACAAUCACAUAUUACCUAUACAAAUUAAAAUGCAAUUAUUUUUUUUUCCAAAAAGCACAUGACACUCCGGUCAAUAGUAAUCAUUAAAGGUCUGAUAAUAGUCUGUCAUGGUCUCCUGACCCACGCUGGUCUCUAGAGGUUUUAAAAUUUUAAUUUCCCGAGGAGCGUGUACGUCACUUUUUCAUUGGAGCUUGCCCCAGGCAUACGUCCUUCAACAUUGAGCGAUCCGUCUCAAAAUUAAUCUGCAAUUUACACUCAGAAGCGAGAAAUGAUAAAUAUCCCCGUCCCUUUUAUACGGGAGUCCACCCCCGAAACCGUCUGCCUCUACUUCUAAACUUGCAAACUGAAUUUCUUGUUACCCUGUAAAAUAAAAGAGCUUUUUGCGACACUUUUGCAAAAAAAUGGAGAAUUGGCUCAAUUUUUGUUGGCGGUCGCUCUUAAAAAGUCUGUGGUUUCCACCCCUCAGCUACUAUAAUUUGUAGCUCAUUCAUUUCUAACCUGCGAUCCGGUUUACCUUUCAAAAAAUAAAAGUCAAACAGACCCCCGGUUGUCGCAUCCGGGAAACGGAAGACUGAGUAGAAUUUUAUAUUUUAUGACAACUUUAUUCAGUGCUCUACAGAGAAAUUCUCAUUUUUUGCGCAGCAUUUUGGCAAAAAUAUUCGUGUAUUUGUAGCCAAGGUAAGUGAAUUACAAAUUUGAAACAACAACGAUAUAAAUAUUAUUUGAAAUAUCAACUAUGACAUAAAAAAUAUAACAAUAUAAUAAUGACGUACCGUAAGAUAUGUUUCGGGCGACCUUCAAUAACAGCAACAGCAACUGCAGUAACCACUACUUUCGAAAUCCAUAGAAACCGCUCCGAACGAGCCUUGUCCAACCACAUCCUGUUCCCCUAGAUUACUCCAUUUAAAUUCUGCAAGGCCUUCAAAGCGAACGGUUCGCUUCUUCUUUACCGUCAAUGCCAAAGGCACUUUGAAAUCUCCAGGAAACAACAUGGCGUAGAAAGAGGUAAAAUGAAGCACGUAGUCAUGUUGUCGUGGUUUUAGUCCCACUUAAUCAACAGUGUCCUUUUGUUCCAAAUAUUUAAAGAUUCCCACUUUUAAAGAUUCCCCAUUUUAAAGAUUGGCGCUUUUAAAGGUUCCCCAUUUUAAAGAUUCCCGCUUUUAAAGAUUCCCCGUUCCCCAUUCACCAUUCCUAUUAACGAUUCCCGGUUCCUUAUUGCCAACGAGCCAUCUGAGCGAAGACGCUCGGGUGGCAAGGCGGCAGCAGAAUAGAGCCGCGCAAGACUCGGCUGUAGGCACAAAAAUUCUCGAUCGAGCUUCAAAAAGUGUAACCUCAUGUAAUGUAGAUUCCCCUGAGACCAAGUGGUGUGACAGUUUCAGCCAAUCAAAAGGCGGUAAAGUAUACUUGGCGCACCUGUGUUCUUUCCUCGGCAGCACGCGAAGAUUGAACUUGAAUGUGGUACGCUUAUAUUGUUUAUUCACCUAAAUCUGGUCCCGGCAGUCAAGGAAAAUGAAAACUUGAUGCAUUGUAUUAAUUUGGGGGCCAUUAAUGUAAGUUUUUAACGAAGAGAAGCUUGUAAAACAACAGUUUAGGCAAAGAAAAGUUUUCUAUGUGAAACAAACAAUUCUCACCACCAAAAAGGAUCAGAUUGCACGCGGAGAUAAGGAAAGCUUGAUACGAAGAAUAAAGUCGCUUCUGUUGGAAGAUCAGAUGUUGGGGAAAAAAUCUAACCAAUAAUUGGAAAAAUAAGAAUAAAAAAGAAUUACAAGCCUAAACCGAACGACAAGAGAUAAGAAAACAACGCUAUUUUUUUCGAAACCUGGCCGAGUUUAUAAUAAAGUGAAAACAAAAUACCGACGUGCCGUACAUCGCAUGUCUUUGAAAACAUUUCAAGCAGCGCAGCGAAUCAUUCUAAAAUUCAAUCGGGAACUCGACAAAAAGCCUCGGGAAAUUUCAGAGGAGGUUUAAAUGAUUAAACUGCACAAAUAUUUUUCUACUUAGUGAAACCGAACUGACACUAAUUUUGUAGUGGUAAGAGAAACGAUCAUUUUUUAUAUUUCCCUCUAAAUAUUACCGAUCGCUUUCUCUGCAAGCCUUUAUUCUUUCAAAAAAGUAUGUCUCAUGACACUUCAAACUUUUAUAUAGCAGCUUCGUGAAGCCACAGGAGUCUGAGGACUGACUUUUCUCCCAACCUUUACACUUGCAUAGCACCUCUGUUUCAAGAAAAUAAUCCGUUCAAAACUGUCAAAUGUUGGAAAAAAGGAAUCCAUUCCUAUGCAAAAUACGCAUGAUUUGCUCGUUGGCACUCUAUCGAUAGGUAUACCUAGUUUUAAACAUAGCCUAGUUUAUGCGGCUAGUGUAUGCGCGAGACAAUGAUCUGACUUACAAUAGUAUCAGGUUUGACAUAAGCUUACAGAACUUUAAAAAGCCUUUAGACAUGUUCUGACCGCAAUUAAAUACAGAAAAAAAAACUUUUCGAAGAAUAUUCAGUUACGAUUUUAGCUGUUAAAAGAAAGCUCUUGGCGAAACAAGGGGAGCCGGCUUAAAACAUAAAUCGGCCAGGUUUUUUUUAUAAAGUUUAUAAGCUUAUGCUUACCUGACUCGUGUUUUAAGAGACACUUCAAUAUUAAUACUUGUCGUCGUAAAUGAACGUUGUUUUCUCUAUACACGUUUCGCCGAAUUAUAUUUAUUUUACUGACUGUUACUUAUUAGUCUCUCGCAAUUUUAAUCUCUUCGCCACUUGUUUUCAGUCGUAAAUAAACGUCACACGCAGGAGUCCUCAAAAUGAAGCGCGUAAAUAUCAAACGCUUUUAAAGAUUACACAUAACAAAACCAUAAAUCAAGAGAAAUAAAACCUAAACAUAUUAAAUUCUCUAUUAUGUUGAAGCGUAACUCUAUUAAUGAUCAUUUACUUACAAGACAGCCGGGACUGGAAAUUUGGUGCUUGUCAAACCGGCUGGCCGUAUAAGUGAUUUUGGGAAUUUUUUGAUCGUUUCCACUAAAAGCCCAUACUUAUUACCCUACAUAUGACACAGGAGCAUAUUUUUCUGACUGAACACUCACUGCAUUAUGCUUGAAUUCUCUUCAUGAAAACCUUUUAUAAUGUGAUCAGUUCUAUAAUUUGUUUUGCAAAGGAAGGGCGUGCUUAGAUCGUCCUGGACUGAUUGAAUGAGUGCAAUUGGUCUUGCAAAAUUGUGAAAAACUGCAGAAUUAUAGUUUUAAAUAGGGUAAAAAAAACUUCUGUCCGAUUUCUGUAUGAUUAAAAAAAAAACAGUGCUCAUAGUACUGUUUACUUAUGACGUGAUGUAUAAAAAGUAUAUUUAAAAGGCUGGUUUAUACGCCACCAGAUUUGUCACCAAUUACUUGUAUUAAAACUAAACUUGUCGAGCACAAAAAAAUCCGACCUGAUUUCUAAUUUUGGCCUUCCUUUUAGACAGAGGAAUGCAACAUGUAAAUUUUUGGCUGCCACUGAGGACUAUCGUUUGUGGCAUAAAAUUAUACUUUGGGGCUGUCCAAUCAUUAUCCAUGGUCUCUCCAACGGAGUAGUUUGAGAGACUAUGAAUUAACCGUUUAAAAUAAAGGUGGUGUAGGUUGGCAACUGGGUUAUUUCGUUUGGGAAGAAUUUGUUUUCCAGGCCUAAUCUACUGAUGAUUGCUAUUUUUGGGCGUACUUGUAACACUAUUAACUUAAUGUAAAACUGAUUUGUUUGACCCUUGGACUGUCAAAUCAUUUUCCUUUCCCUUAAAAGUCACAUGAAUGUGCCCAAAGUGAACUGAUUUGUUGAUUGCAAGUUUAUUGUUUAAUUUAAAUUAUAAUUGUUUUAAAGGGAGCUUCGCUUUUGGCCCUGGCUAAAUUUAUAGAUUAUGUUUAUAUCAAGGAACAAUAACUUUGCAGGUGCAUCACGCUAUUUUGUACAUUUCUUUGCCGUCGUUGCACCAUUACGACGUGAAACUUCCUAAUUUCACGAGCCCGCUUUAUGGGGUAGGUGAACACUACACAAAAAUUGUCCUUUCAUUUUCUAAACUUACUAACGAUAGAUACGGUCCCAAAGAAAAUUCCGCCAAGAUUUGCCAAAUUAAAUGAAAUUGAAUAAGAUCGGUGUUGCAGCUGGGUUCCCUGUUUUCUUUUUCCCGCCCUUUUAGAUCACGUGAUGAGUUUUUUUGUUGUUGUACGGAGUUACUCGAUGUAUCAUAUUGCAGCGAUUCACUCGAAGCAACGACGUUUUAACGCUUGACAACGUAUAUAUAUCCUUGUUUGUACGGAUUGGUUUGUUUUGUCCAAAUAAAGUGUGAACGCCAGUUUACGAGUGAAUUUUCACCUUACAAUCCGUGAAGUUUGAAAUAGUGCGAAUAGACUUUUAAGUGACUUUUUCGGUUUGUUGUCAUCCAAAAAUUUUGCUACCAUGGCAACGUGACGCAACGUCUUCUCCUCUCUAUAAUGAAUGAGGGUAAUUUGUCCAGUAAGCGGAUAGUUCUGCAAAAACAGCAGAAUUAUAAGUAAUUUUUUCCUAGGCCUGAAUGACAAACAAACAACGCCUGAUAGUUCUGUUUACCUCGGAAAUAAUGUAAAAAGGUAGGUUUACACGCUACCAGCACCAGAUUUGUAAAGUAAACUUGUAGAGUACAAAAAAAUAUUCGGCUGGAUUCAGUUUUCAUUUUGGCCUUUCCUUUAGACAGAGAGAUAAAAAAAAAAAAACAUAAGUUAUACUGCGUGUAAAUUGGCUGCCACGGAGGACUACCGUGUCUUAACGGCCUUUAUAGUAUAAAAUUAUAUUUCGGGACUGUCCACUUAACCUUAUAAAAUAUAGGUGGUGUAAGUAGGCAAAUAGGUCAUUUUGGUUGGGAAGAAUUUGUUUUACACACCUAAUCUACUGUGGUCCAAGCUGAUUGCCAUUUAUUGGGUGCGAGAUUUUAGAUGUUGUUUUAUUCUUGCACUGUUUGCAAAUUAUUUUUUUCCUUUAAAAUCACCCAGCCCCACCCCUAAAAGACAUAUCGAUCUCCCCUAAAUUAACUGAUUUGUGGAUUAAAAGUUAUUGUUCGAAAUUAGUAUAGGUAAUAGCAUGAUUUGUAGUGAUAUUUGGCAUACAUACCACAAGUGAUAUUUCGAAAUUGUUAUACGUGAUUUCACAAGCUGUUAGGCGAGUGAAAUUUGAGACAAUUUUGAAAUAUCAUGAGUGGUAUUUAUGCCAUAUAUCACGUACAAAUCAUGUUAUUAUUUACUUAUACUACUACCCGCAAAAGGUUUGUAAUUUUCACAUGUAGGUAUUUCAAAUUACGCUGAAAUACCACUGCUCUAAGCCAAUCAAAUUGCAGUAAUUUCUCACGUAGUAGUAUAAUAAAUUAAAUAGCUGGAGCGACACUUUUAGCCCUGGCUAAAACUAUAUAUUUUCCAAAUAUGCCAACUGUUUACUUGCGGCUCCAAGGCUUGGAGCAAUAAACCAGAAGAAGUCAUCUUGAGGUCCAGGGAAAGGGUAAAUAUUAUAUUUUUUGCCCUAUUUCCCCAAGACUCGUAAACAGGUAUACAUGUUCUUAAUAUAUCGAAAUUGGUGUGUUACUUUGGUGUCUUUCACACAUCGACGAGUGUGCAACUUACAGCCAUUCAUGUCACGCCAAUGACUUUUGUAACAACUAAUGGGUCUCAUAGCUGUACCUGUCACCCUGGAUACAAUGGAAAUGGAUAUCAUUGCUAUAGAAAUAUAGCUGGUAACAUAGAGUUCUUUGAUCAAUAAACUGUAAUUAGGAAUGUACAUUUACAUCUGGUUAACAUCAUUUAGAGACAUCUCUACCAUACGUAUAUUCACCAGAAAACGAACACGGCCUAGGGAUGGCCCUUAAGUUGUUUGGACAUUUUCGUUAACUCUCUUUGAGGCCACUACCUUUUAAGCAGGAAGCGUAAUGCUAGGGUAUUCAGAAGUUUUUACUACAAUAAUAGUGGCUUAUUCACGGUAUAUCCAUAACCUAAAAAUAUGGCUCUUCACCUGACUGACUAAUUGACUUCAUCUGGGAACAUUUUAGACUCGUCGUGACGACUACGUCAACAUUGACGUUACCAUGAUGGCCGAGUUUUGACAGCCACGUUUUCUCAAAAUUUGCUAUUUUCAUAUACAAAAGGAUUCAUUCUUAUUUUUACUAAUUUUAUUUGAGCAUUACCCUUAAUUUAGACAUAUUUUAUCAUAUUUAUUAUAACCGUUAGUGUAAUCCAGUCUCUUUAAUGAUUGAUUUGAGAAAAAAUAUGAAUUUAGAAUCACCAAAUGGCAGAUGAUGGGUUCAAUUUUUAACAGAGAUAAUUUCUCUCGGAAUUUCAUAACUUGUAUUUUUUUUUUAAUUUUUAAGCAUCGUUUUAGGCACAGAUCAACUUUUCUAUAACGAUUACCUCGAUUUAUGCGGAUUUCAAGUAAAUUAGAAUACACUUAAUUAGUUUAUGGUGGAUCGCGUAUGGUUCCAGAUCCUUCUUUAACAAUGAAUGACAUCGUCAUGAAAUACUGCUAUUGUUUAAGAUAAUUAAUGUGUUUGUUAACUUCUUGAUUUUGUCAGACACCUUACUAUUUGAGUAUUUUUUCGCUUAGAGGGAAAAAUUAUGGAACUGGAUUUUGCCAAUAAAUUUAACAAUAUAGCUUCAUAAUGACAUCAAAUAACGUAAAUGUGCCAGUCAAGUUAUGCCAAGAUGUUGGAAAUAAAGAGUACAUUAUUCUAUGUUAUUGUGGUGGCCGUAUCAUUGGCAGCUUUGAUAUUUAUAAUAAUCAUCAUCAUCAUAAAGGUCAUAAAACAUCCUCAAUAAUAAUAACAUUAAUCUAUUAAGUAUGGUUACUAUUGUUAUUAUUAUUAUUAUUAUUAUUAUUAUUAUUUUUGUUUUUGUUGUCGAUGAUGAUGCUUAUUACUGGGUUUACUUGUCCUACAACCAUCCAUUUCAAGUUUAUAACAAAGUGCGAUAGAACAAACCCGUAUAUUGCCAUGGAAAUACAUUGUAGGUUGUUAGGGAUUCCCAACGAAUAACAGAACAAACUUAAAAAAAUGUUAGAGGACUAGGCUGUUUACAGCCGCUUCUUCCUCUAUUUUUUUUCCCGGUGGGAUGGGUUAGCUGUACAAAGAAGGCAUGAUUUCCUGUUAUGAAUAACAAGAUAGGGAUUCGAUACAUCUGAUCUGUUACUUAUGAUUCAGGUAUCGACAAGUUUUGUUUUCGUUCUUUUUUCGUUUGUUUGCUUGUUUGCUUCUAACAUUUGGGCAGUUAGCUUGUUAUCUGGGUGGGGCAAACACCCCAUUUUCUCUGUGGUAUGUUUUAGUUGGUGACUAGUAAACGUAGACCACAGUGAUCCGUGGUCGCCUAAAGGUUUGACUAUCAGGCGUUUCUUGAGGAAAUGGAGAAAGAGAAGCAAAGAGGAAAAAGUGCCUCUUUGCUUAAAAUCUAUUCUCUACAAUUCCCUAUGCAAUGCUUAUUACUCAGGAUACAUAUAUGUGUCAUUUGUAAUCCCCUCCUAGAAUGUUCCAACUACACAUUCCUCAAAGAGCCUAACAGAGCAAUGAUAUAUAACAGAACUAUUUCUUACCUAUGCGACGCAAAUAUUAAUGGCUGGUACAGAUUCAGCGGAAAGGCUGGAACACAAAUGGCGGACUCUUGUGCCGAAAUGUGUCAUUGUGGGACCGAGUAACCUGGAUGGCUUAACGGUACUCAUCCCGACUUAACUGAUGGGGCCGUUAAACGCCAAGUGUGUUUUGGCGCUCUUAACAACUGUUGCUAUUAUUCAAAUAAAGUGACUGUACAAAAUUGUGGAGGGUUUUACGUUUACAAACUUGAACGACUAUCCCACUGAAAUCUGCGUUACUGUGGAAACGGAUUGCCAUUUGCACAAGUUAUUAACAAAAAAUAAAAACAACAACAAUCGUCUUAUGUCAUUGUUUGGCAACGUAUUUUCUUGUGGUUUUCCUUGAACUUUCAAAUAUUCAUGCCUUGUUUUCUGAUUAGAAUUAUCAAGAAUUAUUUUCCAAGCACUAAGCAGUUUUUAAGAAAAUGAUAUACAAUUGAACCUCUCGACAACGGCCACCUUGGGGACAGAAGAAAGUGGCCAUUGUAGCGAGGUUGAAACCAGAGUCAAUGUUUGGGUUGUCCGCCAAAAAAAUAGCCGUUGUGGAGAGGCGACCGUUAGUGGAGAUUUGAUUGUAGUGGCAUCCAUGACUCACAUAGUAGUAACUAAUACUGAACUUUGCUUCAAGUAAACAAGAAAAAUAUUUGCACUACACCGCGUUUUCCUUUCUUUUAUAGAAUGCUACAAUUACAAAGUUCUUAACGAGCCCAGCAGAUCGAAAACAUAUGAUGGACCUGGUAGUGACGAAUGCGAUGAUAUGCUGUCGGUUGACUGGUACAGAUUUAGUGGAGGAGCUGGAAAUAAAAUGGCAGAGUCUUACGUCAAUAUGCAUCGCUGUAAAACACACAUCCCAGGCUGGCUUAACGGAAGUCACCCCACAGUAAACGAGGGGGCUGUUCAACGGAGAGUGUGUUUCACAGCUUACAGCGACAGUUGUUGGUCUCCAACUCUCAUUAGGGUCCGAAACUGUGGAGGCUUCUACGUGUACCAACUAAAACCGGUAAUUGGAUGUUACGUACGUUACUGUGGCAACGGAAAUGUAUCAUCAACACCAUUGACAGCAGGUAAACUUACUCUUUCUUUCUUUUUUUUAAAUUUUUUUUUCAUCCUGCAGAGAACGCAUCGCGCAUUCAUUGAAAAAGACGGAUACACUGCUUACGCUCAUAUAGUGAAAAUUAACGGCAGCUGUUUUAGCGUAUGAUAGCUUAUGAUUGAAACCCUUGCCUCACUAAAAAUCAACCUUCUAAUAAGAGAACUCAUUGACAGCCACUAACGACACAAGUAUGGUUAACAAAAAUGGUUUUCAGUCCUAAACACUUUAAGUGAGCAUGAAAUCUUUAAUUUACAUCCCUUUACGAGGUGUGUAAAUCAACCCCGGCCCAACUGACUCAAAAAUCUGAUUAUCUGUCACCCUCAAACGGUUUUUCUCAGUUUUCCUUUUUUUGCCCCUUACAGUUUUGCCAAUCUUGGCUCUACGCUCUUGGCUAAAGCGUUUAAGAGAACAGUGCUGAAAAAAACAUUUCAAUAUAAAAGUAAUAUUUUGAUUCCAGGGAAAUCUAAAAUUUAGUUUGUUCUGCGCGGC